UUUGGACUACAGACAAGAUGGCCGCCGUCUGUCAGCCGUAAUCAUUCUCAUACUCUUGAUAUUUUCUGAUGAAAUUAGCUCAUAUUUGAAAGUUCCUUGCCAAAAUGGGGUUAUCACAGAGUUCAGAAGUAUCCGAAGGAGGAACCUAUGGAUACCACGUGCAUGGCCUGCAGCCAAAUUCCCCCGCAGAAAAGGCCGGACUGCAGCCCUUCUUUGACUUCAUUCUGUCUCUGGACAACAAAAGACUUAACGAGGAGAAUGACCUGCUGAAGGAGAUUCUGAAAGCUAACAUGGAGAGAGCCGUGGGUAUGGUGGUGUACAGCACCAAAACCACGAGCGUCCGUGAGCUGGAGGUGGUGCCCAGCAGCAUGUGGGGGGGACAGGGCCUGCUGGGGGCCAGCGUUCGCUUCUGCAGCUACCAUGGAGCCAACGAGAAUGUCUGGCAUGUUCUGGAUGUGGAAGCUAGUUCUCCCGCUUCAUUGGCCGAGCUUCAGCCUCACAGUGACUACAUUGUCGGAGCGGAUCAAGUGUUGCAGGAUUCAGAAGACUUCUUCUCGCUGAUCGAGGCCCAUGAAGGGAAGCCUCUGAAGCUGAUGGUGUACAACACAAUUUCAGAUGCCUGCAGAGAGGUGGUGGUCACACCAAACGGAGCGUGGGGGGGAGAGGGCAGUUUGGGUUGUGGUAUUGGGUAUGGCUACUUGCACCGGAUCCCAAUAAAUCCUGAGGAGACGCCGGCGGAGCCUCCCACCUCUGCUCCUGAGGAGGAGCCUGCUCCGGAGCUGCCUACACAUGGAUACACAGAGACACCUUUGAUGGCACCUUCAAGUCUAAGUGAAGACUUGUUAGAUCUGGAGAAGAUCACCCUCGAUGAGGCUCCUCUUCCUCCACCCGUCCAGAGGGUCAUGGACCCUGGUUUCUCAGACACUGAGGCGGCAGUUGCUACCCCUAACCCGGCAGAUUUGGUGGACAGACUGGAUCUGUCCGUGUCUUCUAUCGACAUGACCAACAAUUUACUGGCCAUGCACGAGGAGAAGGACGAGGAGAAGGACGAGGAGAAGGACGAGGAGAAGGACGAGGAGAAGGACGAGGAGAAGGACGAGGAGAAGGACGGGGACAUCUCUGGCGUUGAGGAACUAGAGGACAGUGUGCUGCUCUCUCCGUCAGCGGAGAGCCAGCCCGACCCGCAGGAGCUGAGCUCCGAGGCGGCUAUGGACCUCAGCUCCGCUCUUGCUUCCACGGACACUGACCCAUCCCCCCCGCUCACAGAGGCCACGCCCCUCUCUCUGUGUGAAGCUUCUCUCCCUGUAGAGUCUCCAGACCCCACCCUGUCUCCCGUCCAAAUCGACCAAUCUCCUGCUGCCGAUGAGUCCACGGCGGCAGAGGAUUCUCCUGCAGAGCCAGCAGAGGAGCCAACAGAGGAGCCAACAGAGGAGCCAACAGAGGAGACAACAGAGGAGACAACAGAGGAGCCAACAGAGGAGCCAGGAGAGGAGACAACAGAGGAGCCAGGAGAGGAGACAACAGAGGAGCCAGGAGAGGAGACAACAGAGGAGCCAGGAGAGGAGACAACAGAGGAGCCAGGAGAGGAGCCAGCAAUGGAACCAGAGGAGCCUCUAGAUGUUUCUCCUGCUCACCAAUAUGAAGGUCACGAGGAAGAACCGCCUCUUGAGUAAGCUCGCACAAAAGAAAAAGUGAUGUUGACAAUCACUGGGGCUUUUUUAAAGGAACACUGUAUAGGAAAAGUACAGAGACACGCUGUCUGAUUUUAUAUUACAGUCUAACAAUCUCUCAUGAAGUAAGUUACACUACAGAAACAAACUAAAGCAUUAGAGAAAUACUAUUUGUUUUAUAUGUGGGAGAGUUUCUGCUAAUUUGUACACUAAGGUCAUAAUGUCAAAACAUUUUCAUGCUUUGGUGCAAAAUUAUUAGAUUAUACGGGUGACAGGGCUUUGCUUCGGGUGAAUGAAUACUUUAACACUUCCAAAGGCAUACAGCAAAGCACAGCCGCACCUUAAUAUCCAAAACACUAUACUACAUUUUUACUACGCAUUGUUACAUCUGUUGUGUUUUUAAAAGAAAUCCCAAAGCUUUAAAAAGGUAGCAUUUAAGGUUAUACGAGGGAACAUUUUACAGUACUGCCCAUGUUAUGGAUAUUUUAAGUGUUUGUAUGACGGAAAUGUUUGUGCAGGAAAAUGCGUUUACUCCAGAUUUCACGAGGUCAGUAUGUUUUAAACACCGUUUCUAAAUUUGAUUUAUUCAGCUAUGCAGCCUGGGAUCUGUUAAAAAUAAUUUGUAUGGCUGGAAUCAUAUCCCCCAUGUCUGAUUUGACUCUUUUCAAUAUUUGUAAUCUAUGCAACAGUAGACAUAUGCUGCCUGUGAGUUGGCAGAUAAUGUGCAAUUGUUAGAUAUACAGUAUGUAAGACGUCUAGCCACAGUGAUGCUGCUGUUGAGUUAUUAUUUUCUCUUUCUAGGGGGCUUCUUAAAAGUUUUUCACUGUCAAAGUAGGUGCUAGUGUGUAAAAUAAGGAAAAGUAUUUUUGCAGAUAUUUUAUCAAUUAAUUGUAUGUUUUAUUAGGAAUGAGUGCAGAAUCUUUUGAUGAAUGUGAAUGGGUGAAGGUUAAACAAUCAUAUCACUUUAAAAAAAGAAAAA